AUGGCGCAAGUCCAACAGGAAGGAACACCUAUGCUCAACCUGAAUUUUGUGUUUCCAAUUCGCAAUCUCGAGAGUGCUCGUCUCAAGUUGACACCAUUCGACCCUCUCUUGCACGGAGAGGAAUACUUUCAGAAAAGCAAAGAAGCUCCAGAAUUGUACAAAUACUACCCGUCCGGUCCAUUCGAUUCAAAAGAGGACUUUUUCGACAGAUAUAUCAAGGAAAGGAUUCAGAAAGAUCCAAAUUCAGUCCUAUUCGCUAUCUUGGAUAAAACUAACGGUACUCCACAUCUCGCGGGGACUAUCGGCCUCUUGAACACCAAAGUAGUGAAUCAGAGCACAGAGAUCGGAUUUGUUGUCGUCUUCCCCGAAUUCCAGAAAACGCACGUAACAUCCAACGCGAUCGGCCUCCUUCUACACUAUUGCCUCGAACUUCCUUUUGAACACGCCAAAGGCGAACUCAAGUACGGGCCGGGUCUCGGAUUGCGCCGCGUACAAUGGCAGGCACAUGGAGAGAACGCACAGUCUGUUCGUUCUGCGGAGCGCAUGGGAUUCCGAAAGGAGGGUUUGAUGCGCUGGGAUAGACCAUUGAGAGAAGGAAAGAUCGGAUUGCACGUAUCUCCUGAGCGUGCGGCCGUUCGUGCGGGCGUUGGGAGACAUUCCUGGAUGUUGUCGUUGUGCUGGGAUGAUUGGGAGCUUGACGGAGCUCGCGAGGUAGUGCAGCAACAAAUGGAUCGUAAAUGA